GAACUGUAAACAAAUAAUUUUAUAAAUAAUCAUCGAUAUUUCCAUACAUUAUUUUACUUGAUUGACGCAUUAUCCCAAGAAUUUGCGAAAUUCAUAAAAUCACACCCCUUCUCCUAUUAUUUAACAUUUGCUAUACCAUAAACCAUUACCACAUCGCACUCCGCACCUUGCUUAACUAAAAAUAAACACAUUAUUCAUAAUGACUGACCUCAAAGAAAUUCGAACAAAGGUCGAUUAUAAAAUUGAAGAAUUGCGUCAGCAAGCGUAUUUUGCAAUUAACAAAUACGAUUACCAUCACAAAAAUGAUGAACUUCAAAUACUCGAACAGCAGAUAGAAAUUCUCGGCCAAGUGACCGGCACUUACACCAGAUUCCUUAAUGAAAUGCAAAAGUUCAAUCAAACCCUAAACGAUGCCAAGCAAAUGAGCGCAGAAUUUGACCAAUUGUUGGGGCAAUUAGAGCCAACAACGCAGCACCAGUCGCUAUCGCCGCCAAACGAAAAUGAGCGACAGUUACAGCAGCAGCACGAGAUGCAAGCGACGACGGCAAAGUCGUCGUCGAAAAACCUAAAACACCCGCUUACGUGCACAAAGAAGGACAAACUCAAGGACAGCACUUCAAAAAAACAGCUCUUCCCUCCUUCAUAGCUUACUUCACCUCUGGGAUCCACACCUCCACCUUUCGCCACAAACAGUUGGCGAUGAUUUAUGAGAAAAAACAAUAUUUUUGUUGUUGUUUUCCUGUAGCCAAAACUUGCAGUUAAAACAUUUAUUUAAAUUUAAAACUUUCAAUGUCUUUCUUUUUCUUGAUUGAGGUUUUGGUUGUUUUCUUUUGCUUUUUCUGUUUUUUUAUUUUUAUUUUUAAAUAAAUACUUUAAAUACAUUUUUUCUACACUUUACAAACAAGCAGCAGCGUUUUUUCUUCUCUUUUCCUUUUUUCUUACAUCUCUCUAACUAUGUACCAAGUAUAUAAUUGAAUAUAAAUUAAAACUGCUCGAGAAUAAAACAGAUAAAACGUGUGGCUUUUUAUGUUUUAAAAAAAUUAAGUUCCACUUUAUAUCUAGGCAAAAAAAAAUAAAAUAAAAUACUAAACCAAUAAUAUUACAACAAAUCCAAAUAUAGAUAUAAUAUAAA